GAUAGGAAAAUUUCUCAGUAAUGUCAGUUACACAGUGAUCUAUCUGAAGCUUGCUAAGGAUAGCAAAACAUUAGCUGUCAUAAGCUACUGAUACUAGAACAAGUUCCUCUGCAGUAAAACUCCUGAGUGUAUUGAACCAAGCGAAGGCACAUUUUAUCGCUAAUAAUAUUCAACUUUUCAUUUGUAGGAGGAAGAUAUCGUCUUUCAAAGGCUACGUUAUCUCUCUGGAAAGUUGAAGAACUACAGCCCAAGAUAAAACUUUGCAACAAAGAAGAUCACCACUCCCGUGUUUAUGGCUAGCAUGCUAGCAGUUGUCAAUUUCCACAUCCAGCAACAUUAGCGUUAACUUGGAGUUGUAUCUCUGGCCACCUGAAAAUUUCACCUCACACAAUAGACUUCCCCUCUAAACGCUAGCCUGAAGGGAAAAGGGGGGGGAAGAUACUGUUUCUCUACAACAAUGGAAAUUCAAUCAGGAAAUGGAGAGGAGGUGGCGAGGGCUGUGUCGGCGACCUCGGGAUUCGUUUCCCGUAGUCACUCCGGGCCGCAGGUAGAGGCAUCAGACGAUCCAGUGCUCAGAGAGGACCUGCAGGCUGCUAAGAGGAUUGAGAGGUUUGACAUCCCACUUGAUAGCCUGAAGAGGAUGUUUGAGAAGCCUGCUGUGGGAAACACAGAAGUGACAACCGUCCACACAUCCCCAUCCAAAAGACUGACGUCCAGCAGCCUCGCACAGCUUGAACCGUCAAUAGAUCAGACCAUGGCUUCACCUCAGGACACCUCUCUUUGUGCAGGUAGCGCAGGUAGAUCCAGGUCAGGACGUCCUGAGGAAGAGCCGAACCAGGUGAACAGGGCCUUCAGCGCCGACGAGCAGGAGUCCGAGCCGGUGUCGGUGAAAGAGCGGCUGGCGAUGUAUCAGGCUGCCGUAUCCAGCAAAGAAACCAGCAGUUCCUCCUCUGCUGCGAUGAUGGAUGAAUCAGAGGCUUGUUCACUGCCUGGUGGCCUGGCCAGCGUAAAGAGACAGUUUGAGAACCAGGAGUUUACCUCCUCAUCCUCCCAGUCCAGCGUCACCCAGAUCCAUUACCAGCAGAGAUCUGUCCAGGAGAUGUCAAGCUCCUCAGAGGUGACAGUGAGAAGCAGUGCCAGAGAAGUCGGCCCCACCACAACCCUCUUUCACAAUCAACAAGAGGUGAUCCAUGAUCAAAGAGUCCACCAUAACAAUGUGGCCACCAGUCACGGGAACCAUUACAAUGAAACAGUUAUGCUCGUCGGAGGAGAGGACCUACCAAAGGUUUCCACUCAGGCUUUGAAGCAGCAGUAUGAAAAAACGAUUGAAGAAGCUUCCCCAGCCAAGGAAAUUAAGGUUGAUGUGGAUUAUAACCAGUUUCAGUGGGUGCCAGUAAACCAGUCAUCCAAAACUUCAGCCAUGACAAGCUAUGACAGCUCCUCCACUGUAAAGACUGCCACUGCCUCAUCAUCAGCAUCUGCUUCGUCAGUGGCUUAUGAGACAACAGACCAUUUUCCUCCUCCGCCCUCAAACCUGCUGCAGGUACCACAGGAAGUUCCAGAGUACAGCGUCUCUUCUCAGUCUCAUGAGUCAACCACUCAAAAUAAGUACGCUGUUAAUAAGGAACAGUACGUUAAACACAAGAACAUGGCUGAACUAAAGCGCCUCUACAAGCACAUUCAUCCAGAAGUCCGCAAAAACCUCGAAGAAGACUAUUUGAGUCAGCUCACUGAGGCAGAAGAAAAGCUUUUGGAAAGUGAGGAAAUGGGUGGUGUUCAGCAGGCAUGCUAUAUGUUUGAAAAUGAUGGUAACAGCUCGAGUCGGUCUUCAAGCCCUGACAGAGAGUACUUGGACUGGGAUGAGAUCCUUAAAGGGGAAGUGCAGUCCAAGUCCUGGAUGUUUGAAAACAAGCCACUAGAUACAAUCAAAGAUGACACCCCGGAUGAGAAUGAGACGAGGAAUAUUGCCCAGCAGGAAAUCAUUGCUGGCAAAGAUGUCAGAUACACAGCUUGGAUGUUUGAGACUCAGCCCAUGGAUGCUCUGGGGACCGAGACUUCUGAUUCUACUGAGCAGUCACAAAAAACGUCUGAUCUCGCAAGAGGCGAUGUCCGCACUGCUACUUGGCUCUUUGAGACACAGCCACUUGAUUAUCUGAAUAAGAUCUACCAAGAGGACGAGCAGGAAAUGGAUGUUGUGGUCAUGAAAGACAUCACUGGAGGAGAUGUGAAAACCGCCAGAUAUCUUUUUGAGACCCAGCAUUUGGAUUCCCUGGGCAAAACAGAAACCAUUGAGGAGAGCCAUUUUCUGAACCUAAAGUCUGAGCUGGAAGAGAUCAAAGGGGAUGUGAAGACAACCACUCGCAUGUUUGAGACUGAGCCCAUGUGUGUCAUCAGGGGGGAUUCCGGAGAAAUGCUGGAGAUCACAACCAUCCGCAGGGAGGAGACUGAGAAAGGAGACGUGAAGACAUCACGCUGGAUGUUUGAAACCCAGCCUCUAGAUAUGAUCAACAAAGACCCUGCUAAGGUAAAGCUGAUAUGUGGUAUUUCCAUGGAGGACAACACUCAAGGCGGCGUCAACAAAGGUAGAUGGCUUUUUGAGACAAAGACUCUUGACACCAUUAAUGAUGAGGAAUGGGAAAGUUCCAGGAACCAAAAGGAAGAAAUAAUUGGAGCUGAUGUGAGGAAGCACUGUCUGGUUUUUGAGACUCAGCCUAUGGAUACUCUAAAAGACAACGACAAUGCUAGACCUUUACCCUCCGAGGAGAUUGUAGGAGGUGACGUUAAAUCAGCAAAGCAUCUGUUUGAAACAGUACCCAUGGAAAAUCUGAAAGAACUGCUUGAAGUGGGAAAACUUCAGAAAAUGGUUGCAUCUGAAGAGGAAAAGGGGGACGUGAGGCAUCAAAAGUGGGUCUUUGAAAGCCAGCCGUUGGAGAAUAUAAGGGAGGAGAAAAAGGAAAUUACAAAAACUGUGAACAUUGAAGCGCUUGACAAAGGAGAUGUGACAAACUACAAAGAAAGGUUUGAAAGCAUGGAUUUAAGCAAAUGUGAGGGAACACAGAAAAUUCAAGUUGAAGGUGUCACAAGUGGAUCCGUCAAAUCCAACAGAGUUCUUUUUGAAUCUACCCCUAUGUAUGCUAUGCAAGACAGCUCUGGUCAUUACCAUGAGGUGAAGACUGUGAGGCGUGAGGAGAUUGUGAAGGGAGACGUGCGUAGCUGCAGAUGGAUGUUUGAGACGCGUCCUAUUGAUGAGUUUGACGAGAGCAUCGAUAAGUUUCAGAUUAUUAAAGGCAUAUCCAAACAGGAGAUCGAAUCAGGGGAUGUCAAAACGGCCAAGUGGUUAUUUGAAACUCAACCCCUUGAUGCCAUUAAAGUGGUCAAUAAUUUUGAGGGUGAAGAAAGCGAAACUAAGGAAGAUGUUGAAAUUGAGAAAGGGGACGUUAAGACUUGUAGGUGGCUAUUUGAGACACAACCGAUGGAUGUCCUGUAUGAAAAGGUGGAAAAGAGCGAGGAAGAUGUCGAGGAAGUGCAAAAAGGUGAUGUCAAAACGUGCACUUGGCUCUUUGAGACCCAGACACUUGACAACAUACGCGACCAUACAGAAUCCGAGUCUGAGACCAUUCUGAAAACCUGCACUGUGAAGCAAGAGGACAUCCAAGGAAAAGACGUGCGACUGGCCCGCUUCCUCUUUGAAACCGAGAGUCUCGAAAACAUCACAGGCGAGGACAGCGGCUCUUUCAGGAGGGUUACGGAAAUUGACAUCCACUCGGGUGACGUUUCCAGGAUGAAGUACAUCUUCGAGAAUCGCUCCUCUGACAUCAUGAGCUCUACCUCUGAGGAAACGAUGCAGAGGUUGAAGACGCAGCAGGCCGAGGACAUCCAGAAGGGCAACGUGGUCAACUGCACCUGGAUGUUUGAGAAUCAGCCAAUGGAUGCCAUCCGUGAGGAAUCCACAGAGGAAAGGGAAAUCCGCACUGUGACUGACGUUCAGGGGGGCGACGUUGACAAAGGCCGCUUCAUUUUUGAAUCAUACUCUCUGGAUCAAAUUAAAGAGGAAUCCACUGAGAGUGAUAUUUCAAAACUCACUAGUAUCUUUAGAGAUGAAGUAGAGAAGGGAGAUGUGAAAAAUUACACCAUGAUGUUUGAAACUCAGCCGCUGUAUGCCAUCUGUGACAAAGAGGGACAUUACCAUGAAGUAACUACAGUUACCAAGGAAGAAAUCAUGAGAGGAGAUGUGGUGGGGGCCCGAUGGCUGUUUGAGACAAAACCUCUGGAUUCAAUUAGAGAUUCGGAGGAGGUCUAUGUUAUAAAAGCUGUGACUGAAGAAGACAUCAACAAAGGAGACGUUACCUCUGCCAGAUGGAGGUUUGAGACACAACCUCUGGAUGAAAUUGCAGAGGAAAUAAAAGAAAGGUCAAAAACAGUUGCAGAUAUCCAAGGUGGUGAUGUGAAGACAAACAAGCAGCGAUUUGAGACUGAUGAGAUGUCUCAAAAGUACAUCAGAACUGUUAGCGUGAGCGAAAUCCAAAAAGGCGAUGUCAGAUCUGCCACUUGGAUGUUUGAAACCCGCACAAUUGAUGAGAUCCGCGGUGAGGGUGAGGAGUAUGAUGGCAUGGAGAGAGUGACAAAGGAGGAAGUGAUGAAAGGGGAUGUCAAGCAGUCUGUGUGGCUCUUUGAGAAGCAGCCCCUUGACAGUAUCAAAGAUACUGAUGACACAGAGGUUGUUGUCACAAAGGAGGAAAUCCCACAGGCUGAUGUGAAGACAACAAAAUGGCUAUUUGAAACUACUCCUUUCCACGAAUUCAAUGAAAGCAGCGUGGAAAAGAACGAAAUAAUAGGUAAAAGCAUUAAAGAGACACUUGAGGAACUUUACUGUCAGAAAAUGGUUGACUCACAAGGUAUUCUUAUUGAGGCAGAUGAGAUUGGCGAUGUCCGCAUGGCAAAAUAUAAACUGAUGAACCUGGAGGCCCCAGAAAUCCAAAAAGAAGAGAUUAUCAGAGGGGAUCUGAGCAACAUAAUGAUGAACCUUCUAAACCGCAGGGAAACCACUGAAAGGGGGAUAACUAUUGACAAGGAGGAGCGGGGGAACAUCAACACCACAGUGAAACAGCUACUCAACCAGGAAAAGGGAAUCAAUGUUGAGAAAGAGGAAAUUAUCCGCGGUGACAUUCAAGAAGCAAUAAACAAUCUGCUCAAGAAUGAGGGUUCCUCCAAGCGUGGCAUUCUGAUUCAAGAGGAUGAGAAAGGAGACGUGAGGAUGACUCUCUAUUCCCUCUUAAAUAAAGGGGAGAGGGCUAGCAUGGAGAAAGAGGAUAUCAUUCAGGGUAAUGUCAGCAAAACUCUUCAUCGCCUUCUCUCAAACUCAGGAGCCGAAGACUCUAAAAGGAUAAGGGUGGGAGACAUGGAAAGGGGUAAUGUCAGCUUUUACUCCACAUGCAUUGAGUCCGGGGCCUUGGAUUACCUGAGGCAGCUUCAGUAUGAACCAGAUGAAGAAGAGGAAAAGGUGGAGAAGGAGUGUAUCAUAGGUGGUGAUGUUGAGGAAACCAAAAUCUUGCUGCGGAAGACUCAGCAGGAGAUAGGUCGUACAGUGGCAGAGGAUGAUAUAGUUCCUGGUGAUGUACACAGCACUGUUAAAGUCUUUAUGACAGAGCCUACGGUCGCUUACAGAAACCUAGAGGAAAAAGACAUUGUUAAAGGUGACCUUAGCGCAGCCCUGGAUUCACUGACCCAAGCCAUCAAUCAGAAAGUGGUAAUAGAGAAAGAGGAGGUGGUGAAAGGAGACAUACCCUCUACUUUGAGGUCUCUGGAGGAGGCCCAGAAUCAAGCUAAAGAAAUGGAAAAGCCAGAAAUCGUCAGGGGAGACAUCAGGGGCGCUCUCGAGUCACUGGAGAAAUCUGCAACCACCAAAACAGAAGCGACUGUUGAAGAUUUAGUGCCAGGUGAUAUCAAAGGGACUCUGAAGUCCCUGGAGGAAGCGAAACAAGCUGUGAAAGAGGUGGAAAAAGAGGAGAUCGUCAAAGGAGAUAUCCACACUACCAUGCAAAGUUUACACGAGGCAUCCAGCGAGAAAAAGAUUUACCAACAUCAAGUGAGCGAACAAGGGGAUGUUAGAGCCACCAUGCAGUGCUUCCUUGAACCGACGACAUCUUCAACAACGCAGCGCCGGGGGAGCGUUGAGGGAGAUGUGAAAACAUCCAUAAAAAGUCUUUAUGAAGGACAGGAGACAACACAGGUGGAAAAAGAGGAGGUGGUGAAAGGGGACGUUCAAGGGGCAAUAAAGAGCCUAAUGCAAAGAAAGCAGUAUUCAAAUAAGAAACGUAUGUAUUCUUCCAAGAAAGCAAAAGUGCCCGUGAAAAAUCCAUUAACUGUAAAGCAAGUGGAGCAUGAAUGCUUACAAGAAGCUAAGAGGGAGAGUGUAGCAGCCAGUUCAGCCCCCGUUGUGAAAAACCUUUCUCAGAGCGGUGAGUCACAGAAGCACACACAGAGACACCAGGAAAGCAAAUCACUGAAAACACAGGUAAUAACCCAAGAGGACCACUCUGUUACUGUAGCCAAAACAGACAAUACUACUGGGGCCUCUCAACAGACGGGCAUGAAAGAACAGAAACAGACAGUACUGCCCCCACAGAAAACACAAGCUCCAAAGCCCAUUAUGAUAAAGAAUAAACAAAUGACUAAUAAUGAUCAAACAGAGACUAAAGCAGCUGAUGUGAGUGUGAUGAAAGAGGUGCAAAACACAUCACAGACAAAUAUUUCAAACAAGAAAACAUGCGAAACAAAGACAAUCAAACAGGUGCAGACUACAGUGACGGAGAAGACUGUCAUGCACAAGCAAAAUGUAAUGGUAUCAGAGCAAAUGUCAACAUCUCAGAAGCAGACGGAGAAUAAGGCCCUCACACAAAAGCAGAACUUCAAAAAUAUGAAGAGUGAUUACCGUAACCUUGACAUGAGAGCGAAAGGUGGGAUCAAAAAGGUGAAGCCGGAGAUUCACUUCCCUCCUCCUCCCUCUUCACCUCCUCCACCCUCAGAGUCUGAACUCUCUCUCCCUCCACCGCCAUCGCCAGUGCAUGAGAACCCACUACCCCCCACAUCCCGUCCUCCUAUCAUGAGGCAGGACAGCGACCUCCCACCUCCACCACCGCCGCCUCCCGUGGAAUGCAUUAAGUCUGAGCCUGAAUUUUUCCCCCCUCCUCCCCCUCCUCCUCCUCCACCCUCUGUAGCUGGACAAGAUUUCCUUCCUCCACCUCCCUCGCAGCAAGAGCUUAAUGCGAUGCCUCAGCCUCUGCCUCCAAAGCUGGGGAAACCCAUUGGCAGGCCUUUAUUCAAAGUGCCCAAGCAACCAGAACCACCGAAGCCUAUACAAGUUAAACCCAAAUGGCAGAAAAAGCAGCCAACUCCUCCACCACCUCCACCUCCUCCUCAGCUCCCUCCUGACCAAGAAACAACGGUGUCAACAGACCGUAAAGAAGUAGCCAAAGUUCAGGAAGUGAAAAGGGAAACAACCCAGCAGAUUGAAACAAGCAAGCAUAUUCAGAGUGAGACAGCAGCAGUGUCUGCAACAAAAACACCAAGCAUCCCAGUCAUUAAACCAAUACAAAAAGAAACACCACCACCACCACCACCACCUAAAAAAGUGUUUGUCCCUCCCCUUAAAUUUCCUCCAACCCCUGAACCAGCUCCAGCGCCAAAGCCUAGGCCGUACGCUCGCAAAUUUAAAACCCCUCUCAUGCUUGCAGAGGAAAAAUUCCGCCAGCAAAUGAUGGAGAAAGAGGAAACAGACAGGAGUAGAGUCUCAACUCCUAUUCCCAGCUCUCCACCAGCUAAUAUACAAGCAUCCUCCCCCGUUGCCAGUCCCGAGCUUUCUACAACACAGAAAACUGAGAAAGAAGUGGCCACAGAAGCAACAAAAGCAAACGCCAAAGAAGCUCAGACUGUUUCCAAAGAAGAAAUAUCAGCACAAGACACAUCUGUCAAGAAAACCCCUUCCCAGAUCCCUUUGAGCAAGCCCUUGAUCUCGAUGGUAAAUAAGAAAUCAACCCCUGGAUCUUCAAGUGUUUCUGUAGAUAAAAAACAUGUCUCAAGCAAACACUCCUCAGAAAAAAUACUCGCCUCUACUGAUGUGAUUAAGAAGAGUCAAACCGCACCUCCACCCAAGAGUCAGGCUGUUUCCCAAUCUCAUCAUGAGGCUUCAAAUAUUGAAGUCCAGUCAUGCUCAAAUGUGGUCACUUCCUCAGUCACGGAGCAGCAGCAGCAGCAGCAGCAGUUUAUUAAGAAAUCCAGCACCAGGUCUAUCGCUGCCACACAGAGUGCUGUCCAGGAAAAUGUAAAUCUUCAAAGCCAGGCUGCAGUCACAUUGAGAGCAGAAGAUGCAAAGAAUAUUAAUAUGCCUCUGACACAGGAGGGAAAAAUGACUCCCUCUCAACCCACUAAAAUUCCAAAGGUAACUCCAAGUUUCAAGGUGAAAACCUUUAAGAUGCCAAUAGAGAAAAAAGAGGAGAAAUGUGACGCUUUGGGACAAACGGAGGCAAUGAAAAGUGAAAAGCAUUUCCAGCAAGAGAGAAGUAAUGUGUCACAGAAAAGUGAAACAAAAGUGAGUCAGGAGAGCAACCAGCUGACAUCAAUGAAAACUGAAGUAAAAUCAGAAAUGAAAGCAAAGGAGAAGAAGAAUCAGGUGACCCCACCUGUAAAAGUGGAGGUGAAGAAAGGAAAACAGGUGCAAAAGAAUGAGACUGAAGUAAAGUUGUCACCAGCAGUUACUGCUUUAAUACCCAAAGAGACUAAGAUAACAUCUGCAGCAACUCAACAAGGCCACAUAUCUGUCUCCCACAGUCAGCAGAGCAUGAAGACAGAACACAUUCAAAGACACGAGGAGGUGGUGGUGACUGAAAGUGUGGUAAAGCAAAGUCAUCAGAGGCAAGAGGCUGUUCAUACACAAAAACAGCAGAUAAAGCAACAAGCGGUAGAAACAAAUAAAAUGCAGAUAAAAGCAGGAAAGUCAAAAGGUGAAUCUAAGGAUGUGUUGGUGAAAGGGUCAGGGAAAAUGACCCUUAAAGACGAGGCUCAUUCAGAAAAAGGCAGCGAUUUAGAGAAAUGUAACGUGAUGCAGAAGCUGCUCGCUCAAAUGAAAGAGCUGGAGGGCACACCAAGCAAAAUAGACUCCAACGCUGUCAGAAUGAUUAUAAGCGAACUCCCUGACUGGAUGAUGGGCUCGGAUGAGAAAAAGAAUUUAAGUGAAAUUGCUAAACAGCAAAGUAAGAAAAAGUUAAAAGAGAUGAUGGUCUAUGUGAAAAAUAUUGUUCAAGCAAAGCUCACAGUUUUGGAAGAAAACGUGACAGCUGUCGAAAAGGAGGAAAAGAAGGAGCCGCCAGUGCCACCGCCGGUGCCUCCAAAACCAGACAAGAAAGUUUUCAGUGGAGCAACUGCUAACAUAUCAAAAAUUAGUAUCGGCUCAUCCAAAACUGAAAAGAAGGUGGUUGAAGAGAAAAAGUUGCUUCAAGGGAGCAAAGUGAAAAAGGAGCUGAGUGAAGUGUCUGAUCAAAGAGUUAACUCGCCUUUAGCAAACAUCCGCACCCCUUCACCCACUUUUAUUAGUAUUGAAUCAAGGAGGGUAGACUCCCCGCUCAGAGUGACCCCUUCACCUCCGCCCUACAAAUCUGUCGGGACACCGCCGCCUCCUCCUCGCAAGUCGUACACGCCCACGUCCAAUUUCAGCAGGGCCACACCGUCCCCAACGCUGAGCCGCUCGGAGAAGCUGAUGAAACUGAAGGAUACCACCUCGAAGCUUUCUCGUGGCAUGACCCCUCCGCCUCCCAUGCCGGUGCCAGAGCAUUUUGCAGCUGAGAGGGAGCAAUCAUCCCCAUGUGGCGACAGAGAGACUCCUGUAGAGAGAAAUGAGGAAGUGGUACAGGAUUGCACGGAAAUGGUGGACUCCAUGAUGACUGUCAAGGACAAAAAGUCUUUCUUUGAGGAGGCACAGAAGGCUGAGGUGAACAAGACGUACGUUCGGAAGGAUCCAAUUGACAUCCCUGAUCGCCUGGGACCUGAUGCUGAGGAUGGUGCCGAGGCCGUGACCAUAGAGCUUCUGAAAGAGGAUCUCCCAAGAGUGGACCUGUCUAAGCUGGUAAACCAAUUUGAAUCUCCACAACCAAAAGUCUACAGCAGGAAAGAUCCAAUUGUCAUCACAGAGAGAUUGGGGAGUGAUACAGAGGAUGCAGAGGCAGACCCACAUACCCCGAGAACUGAAGAAAUCCCGACCUUCAACGUCAAAGCAAUAAAGGAUGUGUUUGAGACAGGAGAGCAUAGUUCUCAGGCAGCCAGAGAGCUGAGAGAACAAAUAGAACGAAGAGAACCUGACUCAGCUCAGCCGACGGCUCACUCUGAAGCAACAUCAGUCACCGAGCAUUUCUGCAACAUUGACGACUUCAGAAACGUGACAACGGAAACAAUGAGUGAGAUGCAUUCUGGGACUCGUGGUAACCCUCCGUCCUACGCGGACGUGGUGAGAGGCAGCGUUCCAACAGUUGAGGUAACCCCCGAGGCAUCCACUGAGGAACUGUUGAGAAACUUCCAGCAGUCAUGGGCCGAGAGCCAAGGAGUUUUCCAGAACUUGGGUUUCAGUGUCACGGAGAAGAGGACUUCGCAGAUUGUAACGCACCAGCAGGAGACUGUCGUGACGGAAAAUUCAAGUUCCAGAGUCCGAACUGUGUCGGGUAUGUCGGAAGAGGGUGUAUCCCAUGGAAUCGCUGAUUGCGGACAAACAAAACUUCCAUAAAAGCUGCUUUCGUUGUGAACACUGCAGAGGCAAACUAAGUCUUGGCAACUACGCCUCUCUCCAUGGACGAAUGUACUGCAAGCCACACUACAAGCAACUGUUCAAGGCCAAAGGGAAUUACGAUGAAGGAU